AUGAAAGCUGAGCAGGCGGUUGCUCAUCUGCAUCUGCUGGGAUGUCUUCUGCCUCUCCUGAUUGAUGUAGUCACUGCCUCAGAGUUCAAGUUGGAUGGGGAUUAUUUGAUGGGGGGUCUUUUUGAUAUUCAUCAUGUCAGUGGAGCGUAUCCUCAUUACAAACCAGAAACCAUUACCUGCUCAAGUGAACGAUUAAUCCUGUCAAGUUAUCGGAGGUUUCAGGUGAUGAGAUUUUCCAUUGAUGAAAUCAAUAACUCCACUAACCUGCUGCCAAACGUAACUCUGGGUUAUGAAAUAUUUGACCACUGCUCAGACAUACAGAAUUUUCCUGGCAUUUUCAACCUGAUCUCUGAAAAUAAUUUCAUUUACCCAUGGGAUGAGUUGAGCAAGAACGUUUCUAAAGUGAUUGCAGUGGUUGGCACCUAUACAAGCACAGAGACUCUGUCAGUGGCCCCACUCUUCAUGACGGAUCUUAUUCCUAUGGUCAGUUAUGGGGCUGCUAGUUCUGUCUUCUCAAGAAAAAAGAACUUCCCAUCCUUCUUACGGACUGUCCAUCCCAAUAAAGAUGUCAUUGAAGUGCUUUAUAAUAUUCUGCAGAACUUCAACUGGCGCUGGGUUUCAUUCCUUUACAGUGAGGGUGAUUAUGGAAAAGAUGGCUUGGACUUGUUCAUGAAGAAGAUAAAGGAUACCGAGAUCUGCUUGGCAUACACCAAAGGCCUCAACGAAAACACAGAUUAUCCUCUCUUAUUCAGACAGCUAGAGGCACAAAGAGUGAACAUCAUCAUUGUUUUUGCUCCUGAAUGGACUGCUGAAGCUCUCAUCAAAGGAGCCAUAAAGCAAAACGUGACCAACAAAGUGUGGAUAGCAGGGGAUGCUUGGUCCUUGCACAAGGAGCUCCCCAAAGAAAAUGGAAUCAGAAAUAUUGGAACUGUUCUGGGGGUAGCUGAGCCAAAAAUGAACAUACCAGGUUUCAAUGACUUCAUCUAUUCCUCCACAGGACAGUCUCAGCAUGAUGACAAAGAUGAGCAAACAUUUUGUAAUCAGAUUUGUGAAUGCCCCAAUGUAACUGCUGCAGAUGUAAUCAACGCAGACCCGUCCUUCAACUUUCCUGUUUACUCUGCUGUCUAUGCCGUUGCACAUGCUUUGCACAAUGUCCUGCAAUGUGGGUCGGGCAGGUGUAAUACAGCUAUAUCAGUGCAACCAUAUAUGGUUUUAACAGCACUGAGAAAAUCCAGCUUUGUACUUAUAAACGAGAGCGUUCAGUUUGACGAGAAUGGGGACCCCAUGUUCGGAUCUUAUUCAAUCGUUUUCUGGAACCAAAGUGGUGAGGCAGAGGAGGUCGGGUUUCACAGGUUCCCCCCAUUUGUCCAGUUCUUCAUCAACAGCACCAAGAUUCAGUGGCAUUCUGACGGGAAGGAACCAGCGUCAUUUUGUUCCAAAGAAUGUCCUGAAGGGUAUUCAAAAGCACAAGAGGGAAUCCAUAAAUGUUGUUUCCACUGUAAAAUCUGCCCAGAUGGGACUUACAUCAACACUACAGAGGAUCCCUACAACUGCAUCAGCUGUAAGGAGACGGAGUGGUCUGACCCAGGAAGCACGCUGUGCAAUCUGCGCCUGGUGGAGUACAUACCGUUCACAGACAGUGGUGCCAUAGUGAUCAUGUUCGGAGCCUCCACCUUCGUGGGCCUCACGGUAGCCAUGUCUGCGCUCUUUGCCUUCAACUACAACACUCCUGUUGUCAGAUCUGCUGGAGGACCGAUGUGCUUCCUGAUUUUAGGCUGCCUCAGUCUGUGCAGUCUCAGCGUGUUCUUUUACUUCGACAAACCCACGAUCGCAUCUUGUGUGUUAAGGUUUUUACCGUUUCUGUUGUUCUUCACCGUUUGUCUGGCAGGUUUUGUUGUCCGCUCUUUUCAGAUUGUUUGUAUUUUCAAAAUCGCAUCUAAAUUCCCGAAACUCCUCAGCUGGUGGAUGAAAUACCACGGACAGUGGCUGGUCAUCAGUGGGGCCUUCGUCACACAGGCUGUCUUGCUAAUCAUUGGCUAUUCUGUUGCCCCCCCAAAGCCUUACAGCGAUGUGUUUUCCUACACAGAACUAAUCAUACUCGGUUGUGACCUUAACCUCAAAGCGAUAUCUGGUUCUGUUUCUUUGCUCGCCUCACUGUGUUCCCUUUGCUUCAUUUUCUCCUACAUGGGAAAAGACCUCCCGAAGAAUUACAAUGAAGCCAAAGCCAUAACCUUCUGCCUGCUGCUGCUGAUCCUCACCUGGAUUGUCCUCACCACUACAACCAUGCUUUACCAUGGAAAGCACAUCCACACGUUUACCGCUCUGGCAGUGCUUUCAAGUCUCUACUCGUUUCUGUUAUGGUAUUUUUUUCCAAAAUGCUACAUUAUUAUUUUUCAACCUCAGAAAAACACUCAACAGCACUUCCAGGGUCUCAUCCAGAACUAUACGAAAACAGUUAGCCAGUAG